CCGGGGCGGCGCCGCCGCGCUGUGCCCGGUGCGGGCGGCUCUGCCGGCGCUCCGGGGUGCUCCCCUCCGCCGGCCGAGCGGGGCGGCUCUCGCGGGAGGCGGCGCCAUGGGGCUGCACGGCGUCAAGGCGGUGUUCUUCGACCUGGACAACACGCUGAUCGACACGGCGGCGGCGGGGCGGCGCGCCAUCGAGGAGGUGAUCAGCGCCCUGCAGUCCAAGCACCACUACGGGGAGCGAGAGGCCCGCGCCGUCUGCGAUAAGGUCCAGGCCAAGCUCCUCAAGGAGUGCCACGAUCCCGCCAAGAUGUGCAUCACAGACCUGCGGAUUUCGCACUGGGAGGAGGCGAUCCAGGAGACCAUCGGGGGGGAGGCGAACCGCGACCUGGCGGCCGAGUGCUAUUACCUGUGGAAGACGACGCGGCUGCAGCACCUGACGCUGGCCGAGGACACGCGGGCCAUGCUGACCGAGCUGCGGAAAGGCCUCCGCCUGCUGCUCCUCACCAACGGCGACCGCCAGACGCAGAGGGAGAAGAUCGAGGCGUGCGCCUGCCAGCCCUACUUCGAUGCCAUCGUUGUGGGGGGAGAGCAGAAAGAGGAGAAACCGGCGCCGUCCAUAUUUCAUUACUGUUGCGAUCUCCUGGGGGUGCGGCCCGCAGAGUGUGUGAUGGUCGGUGACUCUCUAGAUACAGAUAUUCAAGGAGGCCUGAAUGCUGGCUUGAAAGCAACAGUCUGGUUAAACAAAGCAAUGACUGCCCCAGUAGAUAUCUCCCCUGUACCUCAUUAUAUUAUUGCUUCUGUACUGGAUCUUCCAGCAGUGUUACAGAAGAUGGAGCACAACACUAAUGCUAAGUUAGAAACUGACCAUGUGGGUAGCAGAAAUGAAGCACAUUGAUGAUGGUUCCAGCAUACAGAGACCUGCUGAGCUGUUAGGUGACAGAUGCUCUUUUUAAAAGUCUGACCCUAGGAGUUUGAACUCAUCUGUGGUCUCUUUUAAACAGCAGAGGGAUGAAUAAGAGCACAGUUGUCAGUGAAAACCAGACAGAAGCACAGAAUUAUAUUAAUUUAAAUGAUGCAAGUGCAGUUAAAGGUACUGCCUCUGUCUGGAAAUUAUUUUGACAGACUGUGACAGAAGUUUGUCUGUCUCUGACUGAAGUUGCCAGUCUCUUGUAUGUAUAGUGGAAAAGAAAAUUUGAAUGUUCUGAGCUUUCACAUGCUUUGCUGAUUUGUAAGCUUGGUAGAAGCUUCAGUUCUGACCUUGUGUGCAGGGUGUAAGGGAAAGUGAGAGAGUGUGGUAAAUCUGGUAAAUCCUCACAACUGAUCUACAGUUUAUCUCAGGAACUGGAGUGAAUUUUAUUAUUUCUCAGACUAUUAGAAAUGCUCUACCUUUGAUCUUUUUUACAAGUUUUAGAAUUUUUUUCAGACUUUGCAGUGGUUUUUCUUUUAUGGAACUUGUAUCUCUUGCCAAAACUACUUAAACAUACAUCAAAAAUUUGCUUUUUUAUCGGGGACCAUUAAUCAGAGGGACUUGAUGAAUAAGCUUCUACUUUGUAAUAUCUUGGUGUUUAUGCAGAUAUGCAGUAUACUGGUAAUUCAGAUUAUGAUUUUUGUUGAAAUGGAUAAAAUAGGGAUAUUUUAAAUAGUGCUACUGUACUGUCAGACUCUUCAGAAGCUAAUAUCAUUGUUCUGUCUGAUUUUAUCAGUGAAUUUUGAUAAGACUUCUUGGAGAAACUGUUCUUGGUCUUGCUGGGGUGUAUGACUACUCAGAUUCAACUGUAGGACCAGUGGCUUUCCUGACUGUUUUAAUGGCACUGCUGUAUAAUCCCUCCUUACUCCAGUUUGCAUGUGUAAUUCAUGUGAUUUGUUCUGGAGAAAAUACAAGCUAGUUGUCUGUAAAUGGCUCUCAUUACUUUCUUCCAGGAAACUGGAAAAUUAUGUCCUAUGUAUUAGUACUGUAUACAACUUUAUAAGGUAUAUGUGGUAUUUCCACUACAUGUAGGAAACAGUAAGGUUUCUCUUUCCCAGAUCAUUACAUUAUUAUUUUUUCUGUGCCUCAUAUUCUUACU